AUGGCACCACUAACACGCUCACACAGCAGCACCGACUCGUUCUCGGAAAAGAACGAUGUCGAACGCGGCGAUGCUGCCCCUACCAACAACGCCUCAAAGAAACUGGGAGCUUCGCUUAGCUUUGGUACGAAUCUUUCGGCUCUUCGCUCGCGUACCACGCGAUUCGACGAAUCCAUCAACGAUCAACGUCGCCUCGAACGCACUCACUCGAUUGCUAGCUCUUUGCGCGGUCCGUCUCGCAUCGAUCCGUCGGCCAAAGUGCCCGUCGAGUUCCGCACGCUCUCCAUCCAGCUUUCGCAAGGCGGACUUGCAGAUGAAAACAAGAAGCACAAGUCUGACAAGCGCGCCGUCAAGGAGAUCAACGAUCUCGACUGGCACCGAAUCUCGGUAGAUGAGGUGCUUUCGCGUACAUCCACCUCCGCCACCACCGGUCUAGAUACCGAUCAGAUCGAAAGAAGACUCAAGCAGAACGGCAAAAACGUCAUGUCCAAACCACCCAAGCGUCUGCUUCAGAAAUGCUUUGGAUACGUCUUUGGUGGGUUCGGAACGCUUCUUAUUGGUUGUUCGAUCUUGGCGUUCAUCGCGUGGAAGCCGCUGGGUAACCCGAAUCCGCAAACGUCAAAUUUAGCGCUCGCGGUAGUGCUGUUGGUCGUGGUCGUCAUCCAAGCCCUUUUCAACGCAUGGCAGGAUUUCUCCACUUCGAGAAUCAUGGAUUCCAUCGCAGGAAUGCUCCCUGAUGCUGUCACUGCGAUCCGCAACGGUUCACACAACAGCAUCCAGGCGCCCGAUCUCGUGGUGGGCGACAUAGUGGUGCUUUCGCUCGGCAACAAGAUCGCAGCUGACCUGCGAUUGAUUUCGUGCAACCAAGUCAAGUUCGAUCGUUCCGUCGUCACGGGUGAGGCGGAGCCCAUUGCAGGAACCGUCGAUCUGACUGACGAAAAUUACCUCGAAACCAGAAACAUCGCUCUCGCAGGUACCAGUUGCGUUACCGGUUCGGCCAUCGGUGUAGUCGUGGCAACGGGUGACAAUACCGUGUUUGGCCGAAUCGCAGCUAUGACAAAUCGUCCAAAGACUGGCUUGACCACGCUGGAACGAGAGGUGCGCUACUUUGUCCUUACCAUCGCUGCUAUCGCUAUUGCACUCGCUGUGAUCUGCAUCAUCAUCUGGGGUGCCUAUCUAAAACCCAAGCAUCCCGAAUUCAUGUCGGUCUCGCAACUGCUCGUCAACGUCGUCUCGAUCCUCGUCGCUUUCUUACCGGAAGGUAUGCCGGUCGCCGUAACACUCUCGCUCACCGUCAUCGCCCAGAAAAUGAGCAAAGCAAAGAUCCUCUGCAAACAGCUUUCCACAUGCGAAACUUUGGGUGCCGUCUCCGUUUUGUGUUCCGACAAGACAGGAACGCUUACUUCGAACAACAUGACAGCAACCAGUGUCGGAGUCGUCGGCUUCGAAUCAACCCCAGAAGAUGCGCAGCACCACAUUCACGGAGCCGCCGGACCGGUGGGUCAUGCGUUUGAACAGGUGCAAUUCGUCGGUGCCGUGUGCAACGCUGCCGUAUUCGACGCUGCUACCAUGUCACUCGCCGUUGCAGAGAGGAGAAUCUUUGGCGAUGCAACCGAUUCCGCCGUGUUGCGGAUGGCGGAGCAGAUCAAAUCCGUGCAGGAGACGACAAGGCCGUGGGAUACCGAAUACAGGUUGAACUUCAAUUCAAAGAACAAGUUCAUGUUGCAACUCGUAGCGUUGCGUCCCGAAGCUCGGGACGAUACCACACUUGCACAGAAGCUGGUUGCUUCAGCCAUGUCGAUCACGGAAGCUUCCGAAUUCAACGCGAGCGAGGAUAGAAUCUUGCUGGCUAAAGGUGGACCGGAUGUGCUGCUCAAACGCUCGAGUUGGGCGCUCGACGCUUCGGGCCAAGUGGUGCCGUUGACCGACGAGGUGCGGCGGUCGAUCGAAGCGAUGCAGUCGUUGUGGAGUUCGCGCGGACAACGAGUGUUGCUGCUCGCACGCAAGAUCGUUCGAGCCGACCAGCUCGACACCUCGGUUGCAAUCGAGGACGCCGUCAUGGCGCUCAACACGCAUCUCACCGUCGUCGGUCUGGUCGGCAUCGUCGAUCCACCCCGACCUGAGAUCCCUUCCGUCGUUUCCACAUGUCGGCGUGCCGGAAUCCGCUUCUUCAUGGUCACGGGCGACUUUCAACUCACCGCCAACGCCAUCGCUCGCCAAUGUGGUAUCAUCACGGCCGAAAAGGUCUUUUGCGCCCAAGACAUGCACGACGUCCAAUUGCCCGUAUACGACACCUACUCGGACGACCACUUGACGCGCCCAAUCCACGCACUCUCGCUCACCGGAGCCGAUCUGAUGAAGCUCGAAGCGAGCGAUUGGGAGCAGAUCUGUCGGUUUGACGAGAUUGUCUUUUCGCGCACCACACCUGACCACAAACUGCGCAUCGUCAAAGAGUUCCAGCAGCGAAGCGAAUGCGUCGGUAUGACGGGCGACGGUGUCAACGACGCUCCGAGUCUCAAGCAGGCUGACAUCGGCAUCGCAAUGGGAGGCGGAUCUGCUGUGGCGAUGGAAGCAGCCGAUAUGAUCUUGUUGGAAAACUUUUCGGCCAUCAUCGACGCUUUGCUCUACGGACGACUUGUUUUCGUCAACUUGAAAAAGACGGUGGGAUACCUGUUGCCUGCUGGAUCGUUUGCCGAGCUGUGGGCAGUGUUGCUCAGCUUCUUCUUUGGUUUGCCGCAGGCGCUGAGCAACUUGCAGAUGAUCUUUGUGUGCAUCGGCACCGAUGGGAUCUCGUCGCUAUGCUUGGUGCACGAACAGCCCGAAGCCGAGCUGCUGAAGCGCAAACCUCGAAAUGUCAAGACAGACCGUUUGGCGGAUUGGAAGCUGCUGCUGCACGCGUACCUGUUCGUUGGCAUUCCCCUGACGCUCACCUCGUCGGCGAUGGCGUUCUGGUACAUGCAACGCAACGGUGUACCCUUUUCCGACAUGUGGCUCAAGUACGGCGGUGGACUGGUUCAAUCCACCAACCCGGACAAGUUCAAUGAGGUGCUCAACCGUGCCAACGCAGUCUUCUUUUUCAACCUGGUCAUUCAGCAGUGGUUUAACCUUCUCGGUUGGAGGACGCAAUCGCGUUCAAUCCUGCAGCAGCUGCCUGUGGGCAAAAAGUCGACGCAGAACUUGUACCUCUUCCCGGCCAUGGCAGUGUCGCUGCUGAUCGCCGUAUUUUUGAGUUACGUCCCCGCGUUCCAGAGGGUGUUUUUGACCAGAGGCGUCAAUGUCGAGCAUUACUUUUUGCCGAUCGCGUUUGGUGUAGGUAUGCUGAUGUUGGAGGAGACGAGAAAGCUCGUGGUCAGGACCUGGCCCAGGGGGAUCCUUGCAAAGCUCGCGUGGUAA